ACAACGGUGGCGGUCGGUCGAAGACGGGAGAAGGCAUGCUGGGGCCCGGAGCACCACAGGGCGCCGAGGACGAUGGCGCACACUACAGAGCUGGGACGAACGCAGAAGACGCUGCAGCGAACACGGCCACGGCCACGGCUGGACCCGAAGCUGGGCGUGAAGCCGCUGGCGGUGCGGCCCGUGGGCAGGGCGCAUCUGGCGUGUCUGAGGUGUCGCACACAGAAAAUCAAGUGCUCCGGAGGGGAGCCCGCGUGCGAGAACUGCGUCGGGGCGACCAAGGCGUGCCGGUACCCGCAGCGGGAGAAAAAGGUGACGCUGCUGGAGUCGCAGUUGGACGGGCUGGCGGCGAGAAUCGAGUUUUUGGAGGCCCGGCUGGCGGAGGCGGAGCGGGGGGCGGAGGCGGGGGAGCCCGGGGAAAACGGCGGGGAGAACGGGGAGGCCGGCGGGGAGGCCGGCGAGGCCGGGAGCAUCCCGUUCCGGUCGUUCAAGACGGACCGGGCGCUGAGCGAUACGUACUUCGGGACGUCGUCGGGACAGGUGUUUGACUCGGAGUUGAAGUCGCAUCUAUUUGCCAUCACGCGGGAGUCGGAGGCGCCGGCGGCCCCGCCGGCAGCAGGGGCGCUGCCGCAGAGACGGCACUUCUUCAAGGACCCGUCGCUGGACUCGCCGUUCUCCGGAAUCGUGAUGCUCCCGGACAAGACGUACGCGCUGCAGCUGGUGGCCACAGUGGUGUCGUUCCUCGGACACGAGUACUACCUCUUUGACGCAGAGCAGCUGUACGCAGAGAUCGACGAGGCCUACGAAAGGCUGCGAGACAAGAAGCCGCUGUGGAUCUGCUACUUCCUCAUCACGCUGGCGGUGGGCGAGCAGUACAUGGCGCACUCGCCGUCGGGCGACAUCCCGGGAAUGGGCUUCUACAUGGCCGCGAUGCGCCUGUACAAGUCGUCGUACGAGGAGCCCACGCUGCAGUUUGUGCAGACGCUGAUCCUCAUUGCGUUCUACCUGCAGGGCCUCAACAGCGCCAACGCCGCCUUCUCCUUCUACGGCUUGGCGAUGCGGUCCGCCCUCAUCCAGGGGCUGCACCGGAAGCUGUCGUUCCUGCCGCCGCCGGAGCUGGAGCGCCGCAGGCGGCUGUGGUGGACCAUCUUCAUCAUGGACUCCAUCUGGUGCUCCAACCUGGGGCACCCGAUCCACGUGCAGUUCGACGACGUGGACGUCGACCUUCCGGGCGAAAACGUCCUCGACUUGCACGACGGCUUCGACAUCGAGCUGUCCGGCUACAACGUGCGGCUCGCCCAGAUCCUGGGCACCGUCAUGCGGGACGUGUACCGGCCCUGCAAGGGCGCCACCACCAUCGAGGUGAAAACCGUCCUGUGCUGUGUCGACCAGCUGGACCAGCUCCAGAAGCUCUUGCCCGCCAGGGUCCAGAACAACCUCCUUGUGUCCGAAAACAGGUCCACGGCAAACUUGUAUCUCCGCCUCAACCAGUACAUCGUCGUCACCACCCGCCCCCUCCUCUUGUCGCUCUUCGAGGGCCAUGUCCAGCCCACCGACGCAAUCAAACGCGUCGUGUCUAGGUGCGUCACCGCCGCCAUCCUCAACAUCGACAUACUCGCCAACUUGCAGAACAACGGCUGGCUCUCCGCCUUUGGCUUCUGGGAUGCCCAGUACUGCUUCUCCUCCCUCAUCAUCUUGGUCAUUUGCAGCUUUUCCGGCAACAGAUACCCGCAGGUGCACACCGGAAGACGCAUAAACACGUACAUGAAGGACGCGGGGAACUUUACCGCAAUCGACAACGAGCACAGGCUGCUGGAGCUCGACGACCUCAUGUCAAAGAUCCCAGGCCUGUCAGCCGUCGGAGAGAGCCAGAACGGAAAGGCUACCCCUACCAGCUCGGCUCCCACCCGCGGCGAAAAGGCUUUCGACCCGAAGAUCGUUUUCCCUACAGACUCUUCUCCUUCCUACGAUACCGACACCUUGUUACCGCCAGAUGUCUCCAAGGCAUCUGCAACAGGCAGCAGCCUCAACCCAAACACUGCUCCAGACGCUAGUGUUUUGGACUCAAAUGCCCGAUUUGACGCCCUGUCUCCCAACACUCGCUCGCUCUUCCAACAGCAGAGCUUGAGUGACUUCAUAUCGGACAUGAGGGAAACUUGUUCGGGCUCGAUUGGAGAUUUCGCCGCUUUCCGUAACAACGUUUCCCCCGAUACGUGGAACGAGCUGGCCUCCAAUUUACAAUUUUGGGAUCACUCCGGUCUUUAGCUGAGACCGGCAAUAUGGUGCGACUUCUCCGAGUUCUUUUCCUGGCUGAAAAAUUGCCCCACCUAUAUGAAUCUCGGACUAUCUUUGGGUCAUUUAUCGACAAACCACAAUUUAUUCUUCACUUAUCAUUUCUUAUUCCUUUAAAUUUAACCAAUAUGUACAAACUUUUAUUGAAAAAAUCUACACAUCAACCCACUG